CACGCAUUCAGAUUCCUCGGCCCCUCGAACAUAAUACGCACUAAUAAUAAUGUUAGAUAAAACUCAAAAUCUAAAUCUCGUCUCCACCACACCCCUUCAGAUUCGAGCCUCUGAUGCGUCUCCAGCAACAGCUAGAUAGAUCGGAAGGAAGAAGGAAGUACCUUGUAAUAUAGACCACGAAAUUGAAGAAGAAAAAAUGGUUUCCGUGGCUAAAUAAUUGCAGCGACAGGUUAUGUAAUCCGUUAGGGAUUUUUGUGUUUGUGAGCUAAAGAUGCCUCGAGUUUCUGUUGAUGAAAAUUAUGAAGGUAGGGGGGAUAAUAUUAACAUCAAUGAGAAUGGGAAUCAUGUGGUUCAUAUUGACAAUUCAGGUUUGGCAUCUCAAAGCACUCAGAAAGUUAGAACCGGGUAUAUGGCAAAUGAGGUGGAUGAGCCAUCUAUUGAAGAGCUCUAUGAGAAUGUGUGUGAUAUGCAGAGUUCUGAGCAUUCGCCAUCAAGGCCAAGUUAUGGGUCGGAUGAUGAUGAGUCAAGAAUAGAUUCAGAGUUGCGCCAUCUUGUAGGAGGAGCGAUGAGGGAAGUGGAGAUAAUGGAGGAGGAUGAGGAGGUGGGGAAGCUGGAGAUUGAUGAUGAUGAUGAUGAUUCUCUUACUAAUUUUAGCUGUAGAGAAGAAGGCUCUUCUGCUGGGAAGUUGGACUGUUCCAAAUCUGAAACUGCCAAAAGAAGUCCUCCAUCAGGAAAACCGAAGAAAGCUUCUCAAUCACACUUGGAGUCUGAAGCAUCUGUAAAGUCAAAUCCAAAAGGAAAAAAUACUCAAGAAAAACAAGAGAGGGGUGGUGCCUCCUUGAAUAAACAAGAGAGAGGUAGUGUCUCCUUGAAUAAACAGAAAACUUCAUCUGGGAGUGGUAAUGAGGACACACCAGAUUUUGGUGUGGAAAAUCCUGAUCUUGGACCACUGCUGCUUAAGCAAGCAAGAGAUGUGAUUUCUUCUGGAGAUAACCCAAGCAAAGCUCUUGAUUUAGCUCUCCGAGCUGGAAAAGCUUUUGAAGGAUGUGCGGAUGGGAAGGCCAGCUUGGAUAUGGUCAUGUGUCUGCAUGUGACAGCAGCAAUAUACUGUGAUUUAGGCCGGUAUGGUGAUGCCAUACCCAUUCUGGAACGCUCAAUUAAGAUUCCAGGAGCAAUUGAGAAAGACCAAGAUCAUGCAUUGGCUAAAUUUGCUGGGCAUAUGCAGUUAGGUGAUACCUAUGCAAUGCUGGGUCGAGUUGAGAAAUCUAUUAUUUGCUACACCACAGGUUUGGAAAUCCAAAGACAAGUUCUUGGCGACAGUGAUCCAGCUGUCGGCGAAACGUGCAGGUAUCUGGCAGAAGCUCAUGUCCAGGCGUUGCAGUUUGAUGAGGCUAAGGAACUCUGCCAGAUGGCCAUGAACACGCGAAAAGGUGAUGGUUCGUCUCCUUCCCUCGAGGAGGAGGCAGCAGGCAGGAGAUUGAUGGGAUUAAUAUGUGAGUCUAUGGGAGAUCAUGAAACUGCCCUUGAGCAUCUUGUUUUGGCCAGCAUGGUCAUGUCGACAGCCAAUGUACAAGAAGCAGAGGUGGCAUCUGUUGAUUGUAGUAUUGGGGAUGCAUAUCUCUCACUUAAUCGCUAUGAUGAAGCCGUUUUUGCUUACCAAAAGGCACUUGAGGCUCUCAAGUCUAGCAAAGGAGAAAGUCAUCCAUCUGUUGCUUCAGUUUUUGUCCGUCUGGCUGACUUGUAUAACAGGACUGGUAAACUGCGUGAAUCAAAAUCUUAUUGCGAAAAUGCCCUUAAAAUAUAUGGGAAGGUGUUGCCAGGUGUUGCUCCAGAAGAGAUCGCCAGCGGUCUUACUGAUGUUUCUGCUAUUUACGAAUCAAUGAAUGAGCUUGAACAGGCACUGAAGUUGCUGGGUAAGGCUUUAAAGAUUUACAAUGAUGCCCCUGGUCAGCAGAGUACUAUUGCUGGCAUUGAAGCCCAGAUUGGCGUAAUCUAUUACAUGUUGGGGAGAUACACAGACUCUUAUAACUCUUUUAAAAGCAGCAUUUCAAAGCUUCGUGCGAGUGGAGAAAAGAAAUCUGCUUUUUUUGGAAUUGCUCUCAAUCAAAUGGGGCUUGCUUGUGUACAGUGCUAUGCCAUAAAUGAAGCUGUAGAGUUGUUUGAAGAAUCACGGGGCAUUUUGGAGCAAGAAUGUGGACCUUAUCACCCCGAGACAUUAGGUGUGUAUAGCAAUCUUGCAGGCACAUAUGAUGCGGUGGGCAGGCUGGAUGAUGCAAUUGAGAUCUUGGAAUUUAUUGUUGGCAUGCGAGAGGAAAAGUUAGGAACUGCAAAUCCAGACGUGGACGACGAAAAGAAGAGGUUGGAUGAGCUAUUGAAGGAGCGCGGUAGGGUCCGGAAUAGAAAAACCAGAUCGUUAGAGGAUCUUCUUGAUGUUAACCACCAUCCUAAUACUGUGAAAAACAAUGGAAUUAAGGUUUGAUGACUAUAUCUAUAUAUGGAAUGACUUGUUCUCUGCAUACAUAUAUUUAUUCUGUUAAUAAAACAUACAACAUAUAAAACAAAACAAUAUACUCCAUAGGAUGUUUUUUCAUCAAAACUUGUGAGUGGCUCAAACAUGUGGUUCCCAGCUGCAUUGAAAUGCGAAUUAGGUUACCACAUAUAGUUUUUAGAGUCUGUCUUCUUUUUAUUGUCUUCGGUAUAUCACAUUCAUAAAUGUACUCUACUACUCUUGCAGGUGUAAACAUUGUCAUCUUUUGUAUAUCAUUAUAUAAGAAAGUUGGUUAUUUUUAUUUAAUCU